AUGGUUGAAAGCUUCUCAACACAAAGGAUUCUGAACUACGACUCCAAGACUCGUUCCGUCGUCGAUUCAAAGAUUUCAGUAUCAUUCUCGAUACAGAUCCGGCAAGUUGAAAGGUAUUUUGCGCGGUUUAGUGGCUGUCGUAGUGAAAAACUGGUAGGACAAAUAACCCCACCUUCUUCAUCAUCUCCAAUCGUAUUCGAGAUCCCAUCUUCUUUUCUUCUUGGUGGAGAAGAAAUCUGCAGCGCAUAUGUGGCUAACGCCUUGUCUAACACAUUCAUAGACAACUGGAUUCAGCUGCUCAUCCUUCCUCAUAUCUGCAAAGAAGCCCUUGAACUAGGCAAAACACUAGAGAGUGGUUUUUUGGUUGAAGCUCAAGUUGAAGCAGUCAAAGAAAUAUAUUUCCAUAACUUUCUUCAGUUGAAUGAUUGCCAAAGGAUACCAACAGCAGAACUCGACUGUGCCAUCUGUCUACAAGAGUUUGGUGACCAAAGCAACAUCAUCACCAAGUUGCAGUGCGGCCACAGUUUUCAUAGAGAUUGUAUUCUCGCUUGGUUGCGCCGCAAGGCGUCAUGUCCAACUUGUCGUGAUGAUAUCCACAAUCCCCGAGCAAAGAAACAUACCCCAAAGAAAUAG